UCGGCGGCGCGCCAUGAAGGUCGAGUUCGCCCCGCUCAACAUCCCCCUGGCGAGGAGGCUGCAGACGGCCGCCGUGUUUCAAUGGGUCUUCUCGUUCCUGCUGCUAGCACAGUGCUGCUGUGGAAUCUUCAUGAUCUUUGUGUUUGGAGAUUACUGGUUUAUCUCGGCUUUGUAUGCGCUCUGGCUCUACCUCGACUGGGAAACCCCCCAAACUGGGGGGCGAAGAUCCAAGUGGGUCAGAAGCUGGACUGUGUGGAGAUACUUUAAGGAAUACUUUCCAAUUCAGCUCAUAAAAACCUCGGAUUUGGAUCCAAGCCAGAACUACCUCUUUGGGUUUCAUCCUCAUGGCGUCCUUGUCGCUGGAGCUUUUGGAAACUUUUGCACAGAAUACACAGGUUUUAAGAAGUUAUUCCCUGGUCUGACUCCAUACCUACACAUCUUGCCUUUCUGGUUCAGGUGUCCUUUCUUCAGAGACUAUAUUAUGUGUGCCGGGCUGGUUUCAGCAUCCAAGAAGAGUGUGUCUCAUGUGCUCAGCCAUGAAGGUGGUGGAAAUGUUGCUGUGAUUGUAAUUGGAGGAGCAGAAGAGUCUUUAGAUGCCCGUCCUGGAAGCUUAACUCUUAGCAUCCUCAAAAGGAAGGGGUUCAUCAAGGUAGCUUUGAAACAUGGGGCUCAACUGGUCCCAGUGUUUUCUUUUGGGGAAAAUGAACUGUUCAAACAAGUUGCAAACCCAAAAGGAUCGAGGCUCAGAACAUUGCAAGAGAAACUGCAGAAGAUUAUGGGGUUUGCAUUGCCUUUGUUUCAUGGCAGAGGAAUCUUUCAAUAUAGCUUUGGAUUGAUGCCUUACAGGAAACCUGUUCACACUACUGUUGGGAACCCCAUUGCUGUGAAACAGAAUCUGAAUCCCACCGUUGAAGAAAUUAAUCAACUCCAUGAGAAAUAUCUGCAGGAACUCCAGGAGUUAUUUGACAAAAACAAAGAAAAGUACGGGAUAUCAGAGCAUGCAUCUCUCACAUUUACCUAAAUGCAGGUUCAAGUACAGGGAGAAUCUGAUUCAGAAGAGUUGCUUUCUGGUGAAAAGCAACCUUUUACUCCAUCCAACCCUUCUCUCCAACAGCUUACAAGAGUUACAAUCUUCCUGUGUAACUGGGUACAAUGUGACUAAUUUGCUUUAAAAAAAGAUUUGCAAUUCUCAGUGUUCUUGUAUUGUCUGGGACUGCAUUUUUAUUCAUUCUCUCAAUGGAUACCAUUCUGUAACAAAACAUUGCAAAUCUACAAAGAAUCCUAAUGCUUUUUAAUCUCGUGCUUUUUCCGAGACAGACUCAAUCUGUAAGCACAGAUAAUUGGUCUGUACUAUGUGAAGAGAGCGCUCAUGGAAUAAGUCGAGGGCUCCCAUGUCUUCAGUCUUGUUCCUCCAGGAAAUUUUUCCUACCUUUUGAAACAGGUAUGGAUUUUGCAGAGGUAUGCUCUUGCAGAGUUCAGUUAGUAUCAGAGUGGUUGCAGCAGAAAAAUUCAGAGCAGACUGUGCCUUUGGUUUGUUAGUUUUCUUGAAAGAGAAAUGUAUUGUGUUGACUGAAUGAUUUUAAAUGUUUUUGAUGAAUGCUCGUGUAUGGCUCGUUGCCUAGCUAUUGAUCUGUAUUAAUUAUGCAAUGCAAUAUGUGGCAUAUUAGGCGUUCCUAAGCUAUAUGGUAUUGUACUGUACUUGAAGUGAUUUAAUAAGCCAAAGAUACUCAUUUAGCAGGGACGGGAACUUUGUACUUUUGUAAUUGGUGUGUUUAUUUAGAAGAGUAGUGUGAUGAGACAAAAUUGAUGAUUCUCUGGGAAGUUUGUCCACAGCACCCCUCCCAAAUGAUAAUGCUAAUAGAGGAAGACAAACCGCUUUUGCUUCUAAAGGAGCCAUGCGUUGUGAUUUUUUCUGUUCAGAGCUCAUUCACCAAAGAGACAGGCGGGAAGAGGUGCAAUUAAUACUUUGCGAUGUAACUUCUUAAGCAUUAGAACUGUUGAAUAUUCUCUAGUUUUCAGGUUGAAAGCAACAAUUUCAGUGGGGCAGAAAUAUUUUGACAGAAAAAAGUAUUUGUAAACAAUUGCUCCCCUUUUCUGUUCUGUAUUAUUGUUUUCCCUGGAGGCAAGUGCUUUUGCACCAAUUUCCCCUCACUCUGCACUGCUAUCUUUCCUCAUUUAAGUCACAUAGUGAUUCCCUGAGUAAACAGGAUGACAUCAUUGCAGCCCAAGGACAAGGAACCUUUUUCAUCUCCAGGCCUGCAUUCACUCUGGGGGUCACAUGACAGUGGUGGAGAGGGCUAGAGCAAUGGAUGACAUUCAUUACCUUUCCACAGUAGGCUAAAUUUUACACUCACUCUUACACUCCUCUUGAUGCAAGCAAGGAGCAUUAGCCGAGUUCAAAGACACAUUCCAGCCAGGCAAAAACUCCAAGGAGGCUGCAAAGCAGUGCUGAUGAGGGCCAAGUGGGGUGGCUGUGGAAAGUCCCAAGAACAAGAUAAUAAAGGCCUCAAUGGCUGCAAUUGGCCCCCGGGUCCGAGAUUCCUUAUUCUUGUAACCAAUUAAAUACAGCAGUGUAUUGGAUGGUACUGGGAUCAAUUAAGAAAUAGGAUCAUGCUUCCUGGUUUAGUCACAUGAGUGACCCCAUCAAAUCCGCUUGAUUUUUUUUGUUCUUUCAAAAGCAUGUUUUUUUAGUAAUCAAAAAGCUUUUGGCAGAGGGGAAAUUAAGUCUAAGCAUUAUCAAUGGAAACCAUGAAAAAUGAGUUUGUGAAACAGGUCAGUCGGUAGAGCAUGAGACUCUUAAUCUCAGGGUUGUGGGUUCAAGCCCAACAUUGUGGUCCUUUCCAACUCUAUAGUUCUAUGAUUUGAAUGUGUACAGUUUCAGGCAUUUGUUCCACUGGAAGCAUUUGUCAGUUCAGAAUUGCACACACACACAAAACACAAAUAAAGAAAUAAAUUCUAAAUUCCUAAUUUAUAGUUGCUGCGAGUUGCACCAACUAACCAAGCAUGUAUCUAUAGUAGUUUUUCAUUUGAAUCGAGCCCCCAGACAACUGGAUCACGCUUUGGAGGCAUUGAGAUUAUUCCAGUGCAACUGAACAGCUGCUUGACAUGAGUGAUGUAAUGCAGGAACUUAAUUAAACAAGACUGGGGGGGGGGAUAAAGAGAUAAUGUGAAAAUUUGCCAAUAUUAUUUUCCUCUACAAACCACUCAUGCUUGAAGAGGGAGCUGGAAGUGGGGAGAAAAGAGCAUAUAUUGUCUGUUCCAGUCCUUUCCUUUUAGUUUCCGAUGAGAACGCUUGCCGAGGGAAACGCUAGCUAAGGCUGGACACCCUAGCAGCUGCUUUCCCUAUACAUAGGUUGGCUUGCUAUCAGCAUUUGCUUCAGUUCCCCCUUGAUACCACAUUCUUGGUUCUCAUGUCAUUCUCAGCACUGCUGGUUCACAAAAUUAUUCAAAGCUCAUUGCUUCCUCAUGCACCAGUUCACUUAAAAGGAGCUGUGUGAGAGAGGGGGGAGAGGUCAUGGGUCAUAGGUCAUGGGUCAUACAGCCACUGAUUGCCCUAAGACAUCAAUGAUGGUUGGCCCCACUGAGAUCGGCAGAACAGAAGGCAGGGAGUCUGACAGUAGGCAGAGGUAUAGCCAGAGUCAAUGGCAGGCAGAGCCAUCUCAUUCUAGUUUUGUGCCCAGUCUUCUGCUGAGUUUUACAAGGACAACAUGGGAAACUGAAGAGAAGGAAGCUGACACGUGGGAGUGGUUAAGGGCAGAUUGACAUUGGUGGGACAGUGUCCCGUUCAUUCUAAUGGACCCAUCUCUACUGCCCACACUUUCCCUUGAAACCCCCAAGGAAAAACAGUUCUCUUACCAUCUCCAAGCCCUCCCAGAAGAGAGUGGCCACUUACUAGAUAUGGCAGCGGUCUGACUUAGCAAAAGGCAACUUGCUAACUUCCAAGUGAAAGCAGUUCAGAGUGGGAGUGUUGCUUCCUAUACUAAUCACAUAGGUAAUCCUAGAAUCCUAGAGUUGGAAGAGACCACAGGGCCAUCCAGUCCAACCCCCUGCCGAGCAGGAAACACCAUCAAAGUAUUCUUGACAUAUGCCUGUCAAACCUCUGCUUAAAGACCUCCAAAGAAGGAGACUCCACCACACACCUUGGUAGCAAAUUCCAAUCAAGAAUAGCCCUUCAACAGGCCUUGCAGUGUGUUGAACAUUUUUUGCAAAAUACAUACACACAACCUGCUGUUUUCUGCUGCUCCAGCCUUGUUGCUGUAUUAUGGCUUUUUAAAAUACAGAUUGAUUAUUUUGUUGAACGGAAGCCUAAGAAGAAUAAAGCAUUUUGAUAUGAA